CGCCGCGCGGCCCAGGCCCCAGGCCUGGGGGGAGGCACUGUAAAUCUUGGAUCCUCCGUCCCCAGGGCAGGCAUGGCUGGGCGCCGAGGAUCUGUCUGACGGUUCCCAGGCCGCGCUGAUGCUGCUCUGCCAGAAGAGAGAUGGGGAAAAGAUACUUCUGUGACUACUGUGACAGGUCCUUUCAGGACAACCUUCACAACAGGAAGAAACACCUCAAUGGAGUGCAGCAUCUCAGAGCUAAGAGAGUCUGGUAUGACUUAUUUCGAGAUGCUGCCGCUAUCCUGCAAGAGGAGCAAACCAAGAAACCUUGUCGGAAGUUUCUGCAAACAGGACAGUGUGAUUUUGGGUCCAACUGCAGAUUUUCCCACAUGACAGAGCAGGACCUGGAGAAGCUGAGUGCCCAGGUUCAAGGGGAGCAGAGAUCGAAGGAGCUGCGGCAGGAGGGAGCAGAUGUCCCGCCUGGCACCAUUGAGGACUGGCUGGAGAAGAGAGCGAAGAGACUGAGCGCGGCUCAGAGUAACAGUGCUCUGCCUGAGAAACCAGCGCCGUUCCAGUACCCGCCGGGCUGGCCGCCGGUGCAGGAUCUGCCCCCGUCCCUGCAGGCCCCCCCGCCCGGAGGGUGGCCGCUUCCCCCCCACCUGCAGUGGGGCUGAGGCCCGGGGACCCCCGCAGAGGUCGUGCUGGAGAUGGACUUCUUCCUCGCCUGCUCUGAGAAAGGGACAGAGUUAUUUAUAUACAC